UUUUUGCAUUUUGAAAUAUAGUGCGAUAAAGGAGGCAACAGUGUGAGUUAUUUUGAUUUUGGGGGAAGGAUCAAACCCAAUACUCCACAGUAUAGAGUGAGUGAAGUGGAAGAGCGAAGGGGGAAGAAGAAUGAAACGGUUUUUCAAAGUAGUGGAGAAAGAUUCAGAUGGGUCUGCGAAGAAGCCACGAGAGAAUGACGCUGUCGCUGAGGGUGGAGAGAAUAAGAAGAAGGAACCCUUGAAGUUCAUGACUUGGAAUGCCAACAGCUUUCUGCUUCGAGUAAAAAACAAUUGGCCAGACUUCACCAACCUCAUCACCACUUUUGAUCCUGAUGUCAUUGCCAUACAGGAAGUGCGGAUGCCUGCUGCUGGAGCCAAGGGUGCAUCUAAAAUUCAGGGAGAGAUCAAAGAUGAUACAAGUGCCUCCAGGGAAGAAAAGAAGAUAUUGAUGCGUGCACUUUCUGCUCCACCUUUUGGGAACUAUAAUGUUUGGUGGUCUCUUGCUGAUUCAAAGUACGCAGGGACAGCGCUACUGGUUAAGAAAUGCUUCAAGCCUAAAAGUGUUGUUUUCAAUCUUGAUAAAAUAGCUUCAAAGCAUGAACCAGAUGGUCGAGUAAUCCUAGCUGAAUUCGAGACACUUCGUUUAUUGAAUACAUAUGUACCAAACAAUGGAUGGAAAGAGGAGGCUAAUUCAUUUCAAAGGAGAAGAAAAUGGGACAAAAGGAUUCUGGAAUUUGUUACACAAAAUUCAGACAAGCCUUUAAUAUGGUGUGGGGAUCUGAAUGUCAGCCAUGAAGAGAUCGAUGUGAGUCAUCCAGAGUUUUUCAGUACAGCAAAACUCAAUGGUUAUAUUCCUCCAAAUAAAGAGGAUUGUGGGCAGCCUGGGUUUACCUUGUCUGAAAGAAAACGGUUUGGUACCAUCUUAAGAGAGUCCUGCGGUAAAGUAAUAAAAAGCAAAAAGUAUAUGAGCUGUUUGCCUUUAUACAGCUUCGUUAUCGCUCCUAUGAAGUGGGGAAAGCUGAUAGAUGCCUACAGAUUUCUAAACAAGGAUAAGGAUAAGGACAUGGAGCGAGGUUUCUCAUGGUCUGGAAACCCAGUUGGAAGGUAUCGUGGAAAACGGAUGAGAAUAGACUAUUUUUUAGUUUCAGAGAAACUUAAAGAAAGGAUUGUUUCAUGUGAAAUGCUUGGACACGGGAUAGAGUUAGAAGGUUUUUAUGGAAGUGAUCAUUGUCCAGUUACCUUGGAGCUCUCUCCCAGUUCUAUCCCCCAAAACGAGGAUCCAGUAUAAGUGUUUAUGUUACAAAGUCACUGUCAAUAUUUAACCUUAUUUUUUUUUCUCUACUGUCUGCACUCUGGAUGCUGAAUAUUUCCUUAAUGAGAAGCUAUUUUUCUCUUGCAUGAACUA